GCCCGACUCCCUCCCCCAACUUCUCCGGGGAGGCUGGGCGCACCAGGGCCAGAGAGCCGGGCACCCCGGCCGGCCGGGCCGACGUCUGGGAGCGGGGCGCCCUCCUCGCCUCCCACCUCCACAAGCAGAAAGAAGGAGAAACAGCCCUAGUCCUCUCCCCCCAAAGCCCCCCACAUCUCGGGUCAGCGGGGUAAGAGGCUGAGGCUCCGGGGUUAGCUUGCCACCCAGGCCGGGCAGGGCCCCAGGACGCCCCCCAUGUCGGGAAGCCCCACCCUGGACGGGGGGGGGGCGCGGCCCGAGGGGGCGGACCUGUGGGUGCUGCCGGGACCCAAAGGUGUCCAUUAGCCGGCCGCGGCCGUCUGGGCCGAGCUGCGGGACGGCAUGGACGAGCGGGCGCCGGGGCGGGGGCCCGGGCAGGACUCGGGGUCCGGGCCGGAGUUGGGGUGCGCGGGCCGGGCGCUGGCGCUGUGCGCGGCGGGGGUGGUCCUGGCGGCCUUCUCGGCGGGGGCGGCGCUGCUGGCCUGGAACCUGGCGGCCGCCGCAUCGCGGAGAGCCCCCUGCCCCGAACCGCCCCCGGGGCCCAACGCCACCGCGCCCCCCACCCCGGACCGGGGCCCCGACCUGCAGGACUUGCGGCGGCGCCUGGAGGAGCUGGAGCGGCGGGGGGCGCGGCUGCGGGGGCGGCUCGACAAGGCGGAGGAGGCGCACGGGGCCUGCCAGGCCCGACAGAACCUGCUGCAGACCCAGCUGCUGGCCCUGGAGACCGAGAUGAAAGAGGCCAAGGCACAGGGGACCCAGAUGGGGGCUGAGAACGGGGCAUUGACAGAAGCCCUGGAGCGCUGGGAAGCGGAGGCCACGGAGUCUGCGCGGCGGCUGGAAGACGCGCAGCAACGCGCACGCGUGGCAGAGGCUGAGGGCGAAGCCUGCGCAGCCCGGGAGGCGGAGCUCCGCGAGCGCGUGUCCGCCCUGGGAGCCCCGCGCACAGCCCCGCGGCCCCGGCCCCGCUCGGGGUCCCGCGCCGGACACGCGGCCAGACACGCGGGGGGCUGCCGGCGGCCGGCGCGGGCGCGGAGCUGAGCGGCCCGGAGAGCGA